UAUUAGAUUAUAUUAUUAUCAAAUUAUAUUAAAACCUUCAAAAUAUUAUAAUAAUUUUUAAUUAAUCAACUGUCAGUUUGUUAUAAUACUAUUCAGUUAAAGAUAGCAAUUGCGACUUUUUUGAUCAAAUUACACAAUUUUGAAACCAAAUCUGCAUUUUUUACGCUAAUACUAAUACCGGUAGGAAACGUUAUUUUCCAUAAAAUGUAGGAUUGGUUUUAAAGUUGCAUUAUUCGGACAAAAAAUCAUAGCAAAGGAGGAUGAGUAAAAUAGGCCGAUUUUGGCCCCCGAUUUUGGGGAGCGACAAGUAAAAACGAUAUGUUUUUUUUGUAAUUUUUGAGUUGCUGAAUCUAAAUCUGACCUUUAAAAAUGUCUAAUCUGUCGGGAAAAUAUUAAAAUCAGCAUAUAAAGCUGUCAAAUAUCUAAAACCGUGAAUUAUUAUUAUUGAGCUUUACAAACGUAUUAAUUCGUGUUUUCCUACUAGUAAAACAUGAUAAUAUUCUCAUCUCUAAUAGUUCAUGUUCUGCUUGAUAAAAAAAGUAAAAAUUGUUAAUAUCUAAAAACAGAGGCAUUAUCGAUGGAAACCAUUUUAAGUCUUGACUACUGCACCUGAGAGCAUUGUUGUUUAUUACGCCUUACAAUUUUCUCCACACUCAUAAGUAUAAUAGAUUUCAGUUUAUUAAAAGUAUUUUAUUAUUGUAGUAUUUUUACUAUUUGUGUCAACUUGUGUCUUUUACUGGAAAACAACCAUAGUAUAUUUUAUCAUUACAAACUGUAAGAUUCACGUAAAAUAUAUUUUUAAGUAUCAAGAUCCACUUUGACCAAAUAAGGCCUUCUUUAUUUAUUAAUUUGUGUUGUUAAUAUAUCGAUCAAUUUUCACUUAAUAUUGUUUAUUUCACUAUUGUUUUAUUAACAUACCAUUCUUAUAAUAGCUUCUUACCCAAGUAGCAUAUGUUUGUUUUAUAUACGUUUCCUAAGUGUAUCCAAUGUUUCUUAACCGUUAAGCAUCAAUAAGAAACAUUUUUGAAACCAUUCAACAGAAACAUUUUUGAAACCAUAAUUUAAAAAACGUUUUUUUUCACGUUUUUAAUUCAAAAUUAUGUAUACGUAUAAGCACUACAGAGACUACAUGUUAAUUUCUAUUUCCAAAUGUGCGAAUACUAAAAAGAGCGUUGAGAUUAGAAUUAUCGAUUUUCAUGUAUAGAUCAUAACAGUGGUGCGAUGUUUUCUACCGGGCUCCCGGCUUCCGAGCCCCACACAAGCGAGAAGCGUGUACAUGUGCUGAACGCUUUGCGCAGCAUAUGUACGCUGUGUACAGUACGCACUUCUCGCUUGUGGGGCUCGGAAGUCGGGAGCACAGUAGGAAACAUUGCAUCACUGGAUCAUAGCCGUUAUGACAUGACUUACGACUUGACCUAUUUCAUAUCAAAACGCCGAACGCCAAAAUUUAUAUCAAAUAUCUUCGCACUUCUGCGGCAAAUAAGAUUAUAAUGUAUUCGUUAAUAGAAUUCCCUAUGAAUUGUGGACAAAAACCUGAAGUUGAGGUAGUUCCCAAUAUUUGGUUGGAUAAAAAGGAAGAAACAUGCUAUUGUUUUUGGCCGCAAACAGCUUCCACAAAACAAAUUCGCAAGGCUAUUGAGAAAUGUUAUUUACCAGAAAAAAACUGGAUAAAAUAUAAAUGUAGAGUAUUGCAUACAUAUGCUUCUUACGAUGAUGCGAGGAAAAGAUUAGUAAAUGCAGAAUUUACGUCUACCCUCGAAACUGAUGUAGAACUGCAUGAAAACCAACGGUCAAAAAGAAAUAUAAAAAAAACUUUUCGACUUAAUUCGAAUUCUUUAGAUUCUGAUACAGAUGAAAAAAUAUCAUGCAAUAAGAAUAAAAUCUCAUCUCCACCUAUGUUAGUAACACCAACAAAGAAUAGUAAUGUUUUACCGAGAAGAUCUUUAAUUACUUCCAAACCAUCAACAUCGACAGCCGACAGUUCUCCAAGGUUUUCAGAAAAAGCAGUUAAUCCUUCGCAAAAUACAUUAAGAACUACAUUGACCAGUUCACAAUUUGACAAAUCAGAUUUUUCUUGCCUUAUUCUAACAAAAUUAGCAAGUUUAGAAAAUUCUAUGAAUUUGCUUUUUCCGAUGGUUAAACAACUUGUAGCACAUUUUCGACUAUCAACAAUACCACAUAUAGAAAGUACUCCCGAAAUGCCAGUUGACACUAAAGAAAAACUCGAAAAUGUUGAAAGAUUUUUAAAUACAAAACAAAAUUUUGAAUAUAUGGUGAAUACCUUAGUUAUAUCAGGCGGUAAAACGAUUGCACAGAUAACAAGAAGAACAUUGGAAAGAGUAAUAACAAAUAAUUACGCUAAGAACUUUAAUUGGGCAGGAAGACCGCCUAAAAAAGCCUUCAAGAUUUUAAAAAUAAAAGAUUUGAUUAUAGCCACUGUAAAGAGCGUUGAACCAAAUGCUGCAGUAAACAAAAUUGAAAAUUCUAUUAAAGAUUGGUUAAAGCUGUCAUCUGUUCGUAUUGCCUUAGCCGAAGCUAGGGCAUUAAAGAACCUCCAGCGACAAUAGUAAUUAUAAGGAUUAAGAUUAGGUUUAUAUAAAAACAUAAGUACAAAGAAAACAUAAGUAUAAGAAGAAUUUUUUUAUUUA